AUGAACAGCGAUGUUUUGCCAUCACAAGAUAGAGAUGAUAAUUCUCCGGAAACAGCUAGUACAUCUACACAAAUAUCAAGUCGCCCUAGAUCACCCAAAAGAAAAAGUAACAGUAAUGCUCAUUCAUUAGAUCCACCAGAUUUAUCUACCGACGUAUUGCAAGUCGUAAAAGAGUAUUUCAAGAGUCCUUUGUUGAGCGAAGACCGAUUUGAUAUUUUUGGCAAAAAUGUCGCAAUGAAACUGCGCGAUCUACCAAUACAGCAAAGGCUGAUUGCUGAAAAAAUUAUAAACGACUCAUUAUUUCAAGCAGAAACGGGCAACUUGAGACUGCCACUUGGAGAGUUCAAUGUACGUGAGUUCUAUCGCACAACUCCCAGUCCUCCAACAUAUCAGCCACAACAGUUUAUUCGUGCAACUCCAACUCCCAGUCAUUCAGCACACCGGCCACAACAGUUCAUUCGUGAAAUCCCAACUCCAAGUCCUCCAAUACACCACUCACGACAGUUUAACCAAGGAACCCCAAUUCUAAGUCCUCCAACACAACACUCACAGCAGUUCAUGCAUGUAGGAUCAACUCUAUCUUCAUUGCCACGCAUCGAGCAAGAACGUAAUGAUUCUUCCACGCCUUCCAUGCAGUACAAUUCGGAUUCACAACAUUCGACUGAACAUACUGAAGUGCAAUUAUCUAUUCCAGAACAAUCAGCCGGGGCAUUUAUAUCCAGCUUCAAUGAUUGUCAAUAA